AUGGACGACUCCGGUGGCGCUGAUCCGGCGCGCCAGCAUCUGUCCCCGCAGGGCGGCGGGGGCGGGCAGCCGCCAGUGCCGCGCUCCCCGACCCCGCUCGACCUCGCCGCCGCGUCUGCCUACCACCACAGGCGCCUCUCCCCGUCGCCCCGCCCCCCGGCUCACCCGCAGGUGCGUCUCCCGUCGCCCUACGGCCAGAUCCCCUCCGGCGCCGCGGCCCACCACGCGCGCUCGCUGUCGCAGCCCCUCUUCUUCUCCCUCGACUCGCUCCCGCCGCCGCCCUACGCCGAUCUGGCCGGCCCGCCCGCCAUCCCGCCCUCCCCGCCGUCUUCAAGCUCCGACCCGCCGCCCUUCGGCCUGCCGCCGCGGAGGGCUGGCCACCGCCGCUCUCAGAGCGACAUCCCCUUCGGGUUCUCGCAGCUCAGCCCGCCCCUGCCGCCCCCGGCGCCGGUGAAGCGCGAGGCGGCCACGGGACAGGAUGGCGGCAGAUUGGAGGGCGACGACACUGCGUUGUACGACCUUGUCAACGCCUACAUGGACCUGGACGGGAUGGACGCGCUCAACUCCUCCGAGGACCGCCACGACGACCGUGACAGUCACAGCCGUGCCAGCGGCACCCGCGCUGCCAGCGCGGCCGAGAGCAGCGAGAACGAAGCCGAGAGCCAGUCCACCUCAGCGGAGAGGAAGGACGGAGCCAAGUCUCGGCAUUGUCGCAGCUUGUCCACGGACAGCUUCAUGGGGAAGCUCAACUAUGCCACGGGUGACGAUUCACCAAAGCUACCACUGCCGUCCCCCAGCGGUGGCCUUUCCAGGAGCGGGAGUGGGUCCUUGGAUGGUGGUGGUGCUGCGUCACUGUUUGGUACCGAGUUCGCCAACGGGGAGUUCACUGAGGCUGAGAAGAAGAAGAUCAUGGCAAAUGAACGCCUGGCAGAGAUAGCUUUGACAGAUCCUAAGAGGGUCAAGAGGAUUUUGGCAAAUCGCCAGUCUGCGGCAAGGUCAAAGGAGCGCAAGAUGAGGUACAUUCAAGAACUCGAGCAUAAGGUACAGGUCUUGCAGACAGAGGCGACUACACUUUCAGCACAGUUGACAAUGAUGCAGAGGGACUCUGGAGGACUUGCGACUCAGAACAAUGAGUUGAAAAUAAGGCUGCAAGCAAUGGAGCAACAGGCACAGCUGAGAGAUGCUCUGAAUGAAGCACUAACGGGUGAGGUCCAGCGGCUGAAAGUUGCAACCGGUGAGAUUACGGAUGCUCGUAUGUCGAAGGCGGGCCUACAGCAGCAGAUGAACUCCCAGCUGAUUCAAAUGCAGCAGCUGCAAAUACAGCAGCAGCAACAGCAGCAGUCAUCACAGACGCAGCAGGCUCAGCAGCAGCAGCAGCAGCAGCAGUCGCAGCAAUCAGCAUAG